UCCCGUUUCGAAAAGAAAAAACGGCAAGUUAAAUCUUCCGUCCAGGCGCCCAGUGUAGUGUUCAUCCGCAGUGCUUCGGUUGUUGUGGAGGGAGAGAGAAUGGGAAGCGUGGUGGCGCAGAUACCUACAAGCUUUGGGCAUGAGCUUCGAGCUUGUCUUCGUUGCAGGCUUGUCAAAACCUACGAUCAGUUUAGGGAAUCUGGAUGCGAGAAUUGUCCGUUCUUUGGGUUGGAUAAAGAUCAUGAGCGUGUUGUUGAAUGUACUACUCCUAAUUUCACUGGGAUAAUUUCUGUUAUGGAUCCAAGUCGGAGUUGGGCUGCUCGCUGGCUACGAAUUGGAAGAUUUGUUCCUGGAUGCUACACCCUUGCUGUGUCAGAGGCACUUCCAGAGGAAUUCCAGGCAAUCUGUGAAGAUGAGCGUGUUCAAUAUGUCCCCCCGAAGCAGAAGUAGUAGCCUAUAGGUUUUGUGGACGUGGCAACGAUGAUGGUGCAAAAGACUAUUGUACACAAGCUAACACUAAACUAUAGACUCUGUCCUUAAACUAAUGUGCUGGGAGAUUAGUGCCAUGACAUUCUAAUUAAAAAUGUCUAGUUAAAAAUGUGUUAAAACUUAAAAGUGCUUUUGGAAA